UGUGCGGUAUGGGCUUCGUCCCCGCCUCGUCCUCCUCCGUCGCCGCCCCGCCCUCCAUUUCCCCCCACCCCGUCGUCGUCCCGAACGGCAACAACCAGACGUCCUCGACGACCCACUAGAAGACAAAACAACCAAACGUCCUCGUCGCUGGCCCUCUUCAGUCUCUCUCAACCUCUCCCUGUACAACAAAAUUGAAGAAUCUGAAUCUCAGAACAUAAUUCAACACUAUUCGUAGUCGCAAACCCUAGUUAUUCUUUCACAUAUGUACGUAUUAUCGAUCGUUGUUAGCUUAGAGAGAGAAAUCGAUUUAGGAGAUUCUUUGAAUCUGAACAUUAGAAGAUGCAAAUAUGUUAAGCCAACACCUGUUCAACGUUACACUAUUCCCAUUUCUUUUGCGGGCCGAGACUUGAUGGCUUGUGGUCAAACGGGCUCGGGAAAAACAGCAGCAUUUUGUUUUCCUAUUAUCAGUGGGAUUAUGAGACAACAAUCUGUGCAAAAGCCAUGUGGCACUAGGACUGUUUUCCCUCUUGCUCUUUUUCUAUCUCCUACUAGAGAGCGUUCGAGUCAGAUACAUGUGGAAGCUCGAAAAUUUGCUUAUCAGACAGGUGUCAAGGUAGUGUUUCUACCAUGGCGUGAUUGGCUGCUUCGUGAUUAUAAAACAGGCGAGAUUUUAACAAAAGCCUCAAGUCUGAGACUUAUUAACGGUGAAAUUAGCUGAUGACCAUGUGAUGCUCUUACACGAUGAUUGAUUUACAGUGGGAUAGUUGCUACAGUAUUCGGGGCUGCUGGAUUCAUUGAUCAAUUAUUUUUAUUUUUUAUAUCAUUUGUAUAGCUGUGAAGCAAGGCAUACUAAAAUAGUAAAGAAAUUGAAUAAAGUUUGUACUUUAAAAGUGAUAAAUAGAGAUGCUGCUAUAGGAAAAGGAUGCAUAUUGUUGUUUAGA